AUGCCCCUCGCCGCCUCGACCUCGUCUUCGCCCGUCGCCACCCCGUCCGUCGUCGUCCGCAGCACUACCUCACCGGCGCCUCAUCCCUACCGGCCUGCUUCCUUCUUCGUCGUCGUCUCCGACCACCACCCCGAGCACCGCUGCCCGAACCCCUACCGGCCCCGUGAGCACGCGCCCCUCCCUCCUCUCUCUCCCUCGCCCCGACGUGCUCCUCCGCGCGCACCCGUGCCGACCACGCGCUACCGCACCGUCCGCUCCGCGCCCCCCAGCACGAGCCCUCGCGCACGCGCGCUCGCGGCGACCGCGCCCCACCUGCGCCUGGCCUCGCGCGCUGCCCGCGCGCUCGCGCUGACACUCCCCGUCACCGCUCCCGCUCGUGCAUCCGCCCGCUGCUGCACUCACCGGCGCCGCCGCUCAGCUCCACUCCCUCCCUGGCCGUGGCUCCCCGGAGCCGCCCGCGCCUUCGCGCCCCCCUCUGACCCGACUUUCUGCAGCGCCAUCGCUGCCGCUACACGCCAGUCGCCGGCGCUCCGGUGGCUCGCCGGAGCCCCGCCUCCCAUGGCCCUGGCCGCCGGCGCCGACGUGCCCCCGCACGCCCAGCGCCCCACGGGCUCGCGCCCGUUCGGGCGCCCAGCCCCGUUGCUCGCCCGUAACCGCUAA